UCUUUUUCUUUUUCUUUUUCUUCUUGUUUGCUGUCCUCGCCAUAUACUGACCUGUUGUAUAUAUACUGAUGGUGCUAUCUGGCCCGCAGUGCACUCUACACGCAAGGGGGGGAGGGGAGGUGGAUUGGUGAAGCUGCAUCUUCCAUCCUUGUUUUAAUAUCUUCUUACUCGCCCCUUCCUCACUUCUUACCAAUAUCGUUAUUACUUCAACAGCUUUGGCACAACUGGAUCCAUAAAUCGCCCCUGCCUAACAAUCCACCCCCAGUCUAACUCUAAAUACCAAUCGUUCUUUCGUACUUUAUAUGUACGUUCAUUCCUAGGACACAACAGACCGGCCCGACUUGCUAGAAAUACAUUGGCAGCACUGCCUACAAUGUCCGUACCGGUACCCGUCCGCGACAAAAGUCAGACCCCAGUCUCCGUGACCGGAGGGAGUCCGAUGGAGGAGACUUUGACAAACAUAGAUAUCGGCGACAGCAAAGAACUUCUACAGAAACUGCGGCGACAUAUCAGCUGGAUUACCGAGUGGGUAGCAAAAAAUAAACCCUUGUGCAACUCCAACAACGAAGAUGAGUCUACAGGGGAGGUUAGUGGGAAAACUGAGCUAGAUGGAGGGCACUCAAUCCAGCCUCCCAUCCCGGCCAAAACCGAAUGGCAUACUUCAUCAUCCUAUGAUUACCGGGGUACCAACGAGAGGGGGGAGAUUCUGAGUCACGACACGGCCGAUGAAGCAAAAGAUAAUUUAGGUGACGAGGCUAAAGAACCAAACACCGCCCCGCAUCGCCUGGUGGACGCCCACGAAGCAGCAGCCAAAUCUCUCGGGUAUGGAAGGAUCCCUUACGAGUACCUGGUAAAUCCCGAGGGGUAUAGGAACCAGUACUUCGAAGUCAAGAAGUCGCGACUUGGAGGGUAUGGGGCCUUCGCAAAGACGGAUCUGAGGCAAGGCCAGUUGAUUCUUGCAGAGCGACCAAUACUUACGGCAAGCCCUGUGACUUUAUACCAGGAUCUAGAGUUACUAGCGCCCGAACUUCGAGCUGCGUUCUAUCGAAUGCAUGGGCAUAAGAGAUCUCCUGAUCAUGACAAGCGACAGGCAAUCUUCCUAACUAACGCCUUUGCGGUUCAUGAAUCAUCCUUAUUCUACUUCAUUGCUGCACGAUUCAAUCACGCAUGUGGCCAGGUCAGUUCUGUCAAGUACCGUAUUGCCCGGAAUAAUAUCAUAGAGCUCCGAAUGGGGAAGGACGUGCCUGCUAGCACCGAGCUGACCAUCUCGUACGGACCGAUGUCGCCGAGCAGCCUGUAUACACUAUGGGGAUUCCGCUGUGCUUGCGGUGGUUGCAGGCCCCUUACGGACGCCGAAGUCAAAAGAUUAGACAGGAGGGAUGAUGAUGCAUAUGGCAUCUGGUAGGGUACCGAUAAGAGACGGUUAGACAUUAGACGUGGUCUAAUUUGGGUGCGUAGAUACAUGGGGUCCCUUUUAGAUCGGUGGCUUUUAGCGACUGGUUUUGUUCUAACAAAGAAUAACUCUGAUUCUUUUUUUCUUUUUCUUUUUCUUUUUUUUUUAAAGUGUACCCCGAUUCAGGGGACUCCAGACUUUACUAAAAGCUGUUUUGAAGAGGUGGUGAAAGGUAGACAGUCCACUUCAU